UACAUUCAUAAAAUUCUUCUGGAUGAAAAUUUCUUCAUCAUAAGAAGAACCCAUCUCCGUCUGUCAUUGGACCAAGCCGGAGACUUUUAUAAAGAGCAUCAGUUAAAAUUCUUUCAUAAUCGAUUGGUUUCUUUCAUGUCAAGUGGACCAUUGGAGGCCAUGGUUUUGUACCGUGAUGAUGCAAUAGCUCACUGGCGUAAACUCAUUGGACCAACUAAAGUGUAUCAGACUAUCUACUCACACCCCUCAUCCAUCCGUGGUAUCUAUGGCCUCACUGAUACUCGCAACACUAUUCAUGGAUCAGAUUCUCCGGCUACAGCUUUGAAGGAAAUAAAGGUCUUUUUCCCAAAUUUUAACAUAGAAGACUGGAAGCAACAUGAGGAACCAAAGCUUAUGUCUGGAAUGUUCAAAUUGGAUGAAGAAGCUUUUGUUCACCAUCCUUUGUGAUAAUCAGUUGAUGUUGCUCAAUUCAUGUUGUUUGGUUUUGGCAAAUGUUUGAUCUUUAGACAGUGGUGUCAUCUGCUGAUUUGUAAAGAUGUCUAAUACCUUAGAGUACUCUGUAUUAUGGUUGGGUAUUUCAUUAAUGGAAUACUGUGUGAAAUAAUUUUUUUUUCACUUCACUUAUUGUUCUAGUCAAAUUUUACCUUUUUUUGAAUUUUUUUACUUGAUUAAUUCUUGAAGUUGCUGAUACUAGCAUUCAGUGUCUAUUAAAUAUGUGGAUGGUUUAUAAGAGAGAGUUUUUUGGAGUAAAAUCUUUAAUUUAUUGUUUGGUUGGAAGAUUGUUUUGGUUACUUGAGCUUGGCAUAGUGGAGAACUAGCGAGUGCCUCUAAUUUUUGUUGCCUUUUUUGCCACUCCUUGAGGAACUUGACAACUUGCAGCAAUUUUUCAGUUCAAUUUGCAUAAACUCUUCCAGUGUUGCAUAAAGUAUAUGUUAAAACAUGUUUUUAAAAAAUCUUGCUCAUAAAAAAUUAUUGUUUAAGGAACGACUGAAGCAACUGGUUACUGGUGCUUCUGGAACAACCUUGGUUUAUUUUUGAAAUGAAGAACACAAAGUUAGGAAAGUGAGAAGCUGGUUUUUAAUAAAUUUUAUUCACAAGACAGCUAUAUGAUUAAACACUACAGUUACUGGAAUAGAUUACGGUCGCAUGACGGCAAUGUUCAGAGUGUCAUAUUUAUCAAACUUUCAUACGCUAAUUUAACUGCUUGGGGAACAAAUUCCAGAAUUGCAAGUCACGUGAAACCAUAUUAAUUUGGCUUUUAAUUAGGCUAUUAUACUGCUACCGAUCAGCCAUUCGUUGUGUAAAUGGACCAGUUCAGUAAUUAACUUUGAUGAAUUUGUAGGUAAAUUAAAAAUUCUAAUGUUGUUUUUAAGAUCUCUGAAUUAGGCCUGAUUUUGAAACUUAAUAAAGGUUUCUAAUAAUUUCCGUAUAUGCUACAAAUGUGUUACCGUAUGGGAGUUAUGGGUGAACUUUUUGUAAAGAAACAUUUUACAUUGAUUCCUGUUAUAACCGGUCAGAAAAUGUUGCAAUUGAGACCAGUCUAGCAUACUACCUAUCUUGACCCUCGGCGAGAUUGGUGGUAAUUUGAACUAAUUUUUCUGUUUUUCGUUGUGAAUCAGAAGAUCAUUUUAAUUGAAUCUGCCAGACAGGCUUCUGGAAUUUAAAAAGGUGUAAUUUUCGAAUCGAUAAUCACACAUUUUUCCAUGAGUUUGGCAAAAGAGAGAGCAUUAUCAUUUGAGGUGCUUCAUUGCAGUUGAUUGUCAUUUUAAUAACAGAAAACCAGGUAAAGUUGAUUUCAUUUUGGUUGUUGAUUAAAACUAAGUAGUUACUAUGCAUGAAGUUUUUCAAACCACAUGUGUUUAACUUGUAUGAAGUCUUGACGACUUUUAAACAUGGCUUUUAGAAUACCUUAUUAUUGAAGGUGAUUACCGACAAAAUGACAAGUACUUCUCAAACGAAGAAGUGAAAAGGACGAGUUUCUAGAGUAAUAAUAUUAUUUAAGUAAUGAUUAAAGUAACUUGUCAAAGCUAGGCUAUCGAACACCGAAGAAAUGCUAGGAGGGAAUUGCACUACGUUGAAUAAAGAACAGUUCCUUCACUAACAAACGAACAAUGUCAUUCAGUUCCCCGGGUGAGCGUUCACUUAUGCGCCAGUUAUAUGCUCAUCUUUGCUUGUCAAUAAAUGGUCAAAAAUUACUAUGACCAAAAGUC